GUUCCGUCUACAUUUAGCAUAUUAUCUGCCGGUGGAGCCUAGGCUGUACGCAAGAUUGGUCAAAAUGCGGUGGAUAUUUAUCUUAACAGUUGUGUGUCAUGGCUUAUGCGCCGCAACCAGGCAGACUACAGGGGAUCCCCUGCGUGAUCUUCGUCAAAACCAAGCACAAUCUCAAAAUGUGUGGUGGAGUCUGGUACCGAAACCGAAAUCUGGGCUCUGUACGCAAAAGAAAUUCCCCUUUAUUAUGCCGGCCCAGGUCAAAGCCCAACCCGAGGCGUAUGGUGGAGUGUGGUAUCGGUACCGAUCACUAGGCAUUAACAAGCUGCCGGCUUCCAACAUCUACUUCAACGUCACCAUCGUCGGCCCGACCACGAUCCCGCUGACCAGUGAGCCCGCUCAAGCGUACUGGGCUAACGCGGCCUACAGUGAAAACGGCAAAUGCCAGUCCGAUUAUUACUUGUCGGUGUAUUCCAACAACGGCACCAUGGCUGGAUACGGCUUUUCAGCCGGAGACGCCGGGGUUAUUCAUCCGGAAAGCUACACCGUGGUUUACACUGACAACAAGAACGUGAUGAUCGAAUACGGUUGUCUGAAGAAGAGCAAGGACGUCGUGGCCUCCACGUGCGAUCAGCCUCUUCUCCACGUCGACACCCGGCUGUCACCGGAUCGGCUGGACAGCGCCAAACAAGCGGACAUGGACAAACUCAUCGACAGGAUGCUGGCCCCGCACUGCAUUAAGGCCAAGGAUAUCCCCAAGGUCACCGUCACGAAAGACCCUUUCUGCCCUUUCGCACCGGCACCCGAGUGCACCGCCCGCAUGAUCAGAGGUCUCCGCGAGAUGGUGGCGCGUCCCAAUGCCAAGAAAGGCAAUGUCACUACCCGUUCGCAGUGCAAAUGGCCGCUGGUCAUUCCUCAUCUCGAAGAUCAGAGGCACGAACCAAAGAAGGUAACCGGGACCUGGUACAUGUACCGCAAACUGUACACCGACGAGCCGGACACCGUCAACGAGCAGUACCACGUCAACAAUAUCGGUCCGGGAGAGCUGCCGAUGAGCACCGUCUCCGCGCAGUGGCAAUGGAUUCAGUACGCGCAGUACAACGGGGAGAAGGACAAAACGUGCCAUAACGGGUUCUGGAGUGGCGCGGUGGGGGAGAACGGGGCCCAGAUCGGGUUUGACGUUAGGACGACCGGCGAACCCAUGCCUAUUUGGAACAGCAUGAACGCUCUGCACUACGACGACAAAUUCGCCCUGGACUACGGCUGCAUCGUGGCCAACACCCAGACCAAAGUCUGCGACAAACCCUUCGUUUACGCCAGCACUCGCAUCCACCCGACCCACUUGCCGCAAGCCGAUAAGGACAAAUUCGAUCGAAUCAUCGACGGUUUCUUACGGCAGUACGGCUGCAGUGUCCAGGAUGUCCCCGUGGUAAAAUGGAUCGCCUCCAAACCGGCCUGCAAGUACGCCGACGCCAGCGACUGCAUCGCCAAGGCCAUUAAGGGUCUGUCGCAGGCCGUGGACCUAACGGCCAUCAACACGCUCCCGGAUAAUUACGUGUCCUUCUCGGCGGCCGACAAACAAGCUUGGAUUUGGAAGAACAUCCUGACCUCCCGCUAUCUUCCCAACGCCACGCUCCCCACUGAAGACUUUGACCCGGAGGUGACGCUGCCGCUGCUCUUGAGUCCGGUGUACACCGGCAAGGCGUUUUCGAUUCAGUCUGACGAGUAUCCGGCCGAUCGCAACAAGAUCCUCAACCAUUUCGGGGUCGUUGCCAAGGUGUUGUUCUCCGUGCUGCCUAACAGCACCUACACCGGUGUCUUCAAGGGUGGCAGCGAGAACGUCGGCCUGAUCCGGCUAUCCUGGCUGAACCUCGACGUCCGCAACAUCGUGCCGGGAUUGGCCAUGAAGAUCUUCAUCAGCGGCCGGCCCUCCGUCAACAUCUUCGCGCAGGGCAUGGUCAGCGGACUGGGCGGACAGAAGUCCAACCACAACUUCUUCGCGGAGACCUUUAGCAACUACAUCCCCAUUCCGCCCAAUAUGGACGAGCUGUCCAACAAGCUGAUCAGCACCGCCCGCGCGGCGAUUAAACUGCAGCCGGGCGGUGCGUGUAAUCAGCCGUUGGAUAAUAAUAAGAGUCCGUUGGUGGCGCAGGCUUCCGUGGAGCAGAGUGGGCGGAAUGUCAGUCGGCCGGUGGCGCCGUUGAUCGUCUCGCUGGUACCCAAUCCGGCCAACGCCCAACCGGCCAACGACACGACGGAUUUUCGGGUGAACCUAGCGAAGAUCCCGGCGGGGGGCUUGCUGUACACGGUGUAUGCACGGCCGAGCGAAAACGCCACGGAUCGGCUGAUCGGACGCAUCCAGUUGAUCACGCAGUUUGUGGCGUCGGAUUACGGGGAUAAUAAGCUGCUGUUUCAGCAUCCGACAAAACGGUGCUAAUUGUAGUAUUACAGUGAUUCCCAACUAUCAAAAAAUAUUACAAAGUAGUGGUUCUUUCGCUAGGCGGAGGAGAAAGGGUUUAAUUGCCGCAGAUAAUAAAAAUAUUUGAGAUAAUAUGGCGCUCGCAGUAUAUUUUUCCGCCGGGCCUCUUUUGCUAAAUCUGAUUUUAACAGCAGGAGAAAGAUAACAAGAAUUUUGGCAGCAUACAUAUUCAGAUAACCAUCUAUAAUGUUUAACG